AUGGAGGAAACGAUUUUGGUUGGUGAUGAUCUUAUGAUGGGCCCACCAUCACCGCUCAUCCCACCUGAAAUUGCCUCUCAUGUGCUUCAAGGUGUUGAUUUGUGUGAUGGGAUUUUGAGGAACCUGUUUUUGUGCCUGCAAAUCAAUGAUAUUGAGCCAUUCUGUCAAGAUGAGAUUGCUUUAUACCGGCAGUGUGCAGAGAAAAGGGAUAAGGAACUCAGACAACGGCUUCUAGAUAGUGAGCAUAAAUUGGGUAUAUCAAUGCCUUUAGACGAUGCAAAGGAAAGAGCUGCACAGAUAGAAUCAGAAGCCACAUCCUUGGAGAGGCGCUUGAUCCUGGCUAGUGGAAUUGAAGGUAUGGAAGGAUUUCGGCAGAGAUGGAGCUUGCAUGGUCGCCUUACAGAUACCAAGAAAAGACUGGAGGCCUUGAAGCAGGAAAUAGAGAAGAGAAGAAAUGAUGAGCCAGUUAGAGUUUCAACCACAAAAGGAUGGUUCUUUUGGUGA